UGCUCCAGAGGAGGAAAUACCACAGAAGAAGACUUGGAUGCAGGAGAGUCGCGGGCUCAUGUGUCAACAUAUCUGGUCGAGCUUUCCCUUAAGGGAGGCGUAACGUUAUUAGGGAAAAAUCACAUUCCCUCCUAAAGCGUUUAAAAAAUCGGCCUUUAACCUUAUAGUCGCGUCUUUUGUCGCAAAAGACGGUGUCGGCGAGUCUGAGUGAAUUUGACGCGAGGUGAGGGUUCUCAAACGAUGACAGGGUACAAAGUACGAAUAGCUAUCAUUUAAAAUCCCAUAUCCGGGAACGCGUUUGCUUUAGCCGGAUAGCCAGCUCGCUCUGGGCUCGACACGACGGAGACUCCUCGGCGAGCGACGCUGCUGCUUGCUUGAUUGGCUGCUGACAUGAUGUUUCCUCAAUCCAGGCACUCGGCAUCUGCUCAGUCCGGACAAGCUCUCAAGUUCACCACCUCUGACUCGUGUGAUCGCAUCAAAGAUGAGUUCCAGUUCCUUCAAGCACAAUACCACAGUCUCAAGUUGGAAUGUGACAAACUGGCGUCGGAAAAGUCCGAGAUGCAGCGUCACUACAUCAUGUAUUACGAAAUGUCCUACGGACUGAACAUCGAAAUGCACAAACAGGCCGAAAUAGUCAAGAGACUAAACGGCAUCUGUGCUCAAGUUCUGCCGUACCUGUCGCAGGAGCACCAACAGCAAGUCAUGGGCGCCAUCGAGAGAGCCAAGCAGGUCACACCCCCUGAGAUGAACUCCAUCAUACGGCAACAGCUGCAGGUGCAACACCUGUCGCAGCUCCAGGGCCUUGCUCUCCCGGUGGCUCCUCUGCCUCUGGGCCUGACUCCGCCCAGCCUGCCGGCGGCCUCGUCCGGCUCGGGCCUGCUGUCCCUGUCCUCCAUCCUGGCCAACUACUCGCACGGCCAGGCCGCCCAAGCCGCCAAGGAAGAAAAGGCCCGCGGGGACGCCGCCCAGGCCCAAGCCGACAGGCCGCCACCCAGGCCCGAGGACGGCGACAAGUCCGACUAGGGAUCCCGCAGGUCAUGGAUGUGAAAAAUGGCGGUGGCAGACUGUUUCUCAGUCGACAUCACCUGUACAUAGUCGCGCUUAUAACGGUCAAGCAUAUAGAACGAAAAAGAAGAGAAAAAAAAAAAACCCUGGAAAAAAAAGUAAGAGAGUCAGUGUUACUCUUUUCACUUUAAUUCCCCCUUCACUUGUAACGGCACAAAUCAAAACGGAGUCAGAUCCGCCUCUUAACGGCACGCUUAACGGAGUCAAACCAACGGAGCCAUUUGGCAUUGUAGUCCAUUCAAAAUUUGUCUGAAAACGAAGGAGGGGGGACGCUCGUGUGGGCAGGGAGAUCAAGUGAGUGCAUUUGUUUGAGACAGUGCGUGUGUAAAAAAAAAUCAUUUUUCUUUUUGUCAGUUCAACUGCUCGCUGCAGCCCCCCCCCCCCCCCGCUGACUCGCUCUUGCCUACUUGAGAUUUAAAAAAAGUUGGAUGACAAUUAAAACAUUUCUAAUUUAUAAUUUUCACGUAAAAUAAAAACAUCUAAAAAUGAGCACUAAAAAUGACAAAAUUACAACUGAACACAUUGAAAAAAACAUUACAUAUUUUCUUCAUAGAAAUUUGAAUCCUUAAAAGUAUUUUUUUUUUUGUAAAAUGGUUACUUUUUACUUGUCAUAUUCAAUUCAGCAGCAAAACAAUGAAACUCAAAACAGGUUUGCUGUCUGACGCCUUUGUGGAAGUGAAACGGGUGUUUCCACUUUGGGCCAAUAGGGGGCGGUAAGAGAUUGUCAUUGGCUCCUGUUAUGUCGUCGCAACGAGUGAAAUGCUUCGAUUGCAAAAUCUACACUUUGGGAAAAGCUGAAAACUUACGUAUUUUUUUUUCAAUCUGUUUUUUUUUUGUAUUUUAAAUUUUAUUUUUCUGUUAUUUCAAUUUGUAUUUUUUUAUUAUUUAGUAAAAGCACUUAAGUGUCGUCUGUGUGCUCCUUUAACAUUAAUGAUGGUAGUCUUCAUAUGUUCUCCCAGGCAAGUGGUGUGUUUUGUGUCCGCGUGCGUGUGCGCCGUGAAGGGCCAAUUUGUAUACAUAUGAAUAUAUCAAUAUAUGUAUUUUUUAAAGCAUUUUUGUAUGUUUCAAAGCUGCUUUUUAAUCGAUCAUGAAAAUAGCACAUUGCGCGUGUGCGCGCGCAUCAUUUUCUUUGGAGUUCUGCAAGUCGUUUCCUCACUUCGUAAAUAUUUGAUCCUCUUUUGUGCAAAGAUAAUUGAAAAAAAAAACCAACAACCAUGUGUGUAACUGACUUAUGUUAAAGAAAAGGCUAAGGAAGCACGAGUGUACUACGCUAACUGACAAGAAAUAAUGCAUGGCGCUUUUAGCAGUAAGGGAGUUUGUCUGGUGCCUUACAAAUAAAAGAUGUGAUUGGAA